UAUCCUUAUGCCGUUUUCCUGAAUAUUGUUUGUGCCAUGUAUCGAAACCUAUUUAGGAUCAGUACAAAGUUCAGCACGUCAUUAUCUUAGUUGAGAAUGAAUUACCUUUUAUAUUUAAUCUCCUUUCUGGUGAUCAAUGAAGUUAUUGCAUUGGAUCCUUGUGAAAAGAAGACGUCUUGUGGAGACUGCAUUACUGAUUCAAAUAUUUGUGUAUGGUGUUCAAUGAACAAUAUAACGGGUAAAAGAUGCAAGUCUAUGAAUUUAUAUACAAAAACAUGGUGCCCAACCUUAGUAGAAAUACCAAAGAAUGUAAUGGAAUUGCCGAGAACAGAUAAUAAAAACUUUAGUUCUGAUCCAAACGAAGUAAUACAAAUUAGACCACAAAAAUUAAAAAUGAAGCUGCGUGUGGGAGUUCCUAUGAGUUUUAAUUUUUCUUUUAAAGCAGCCGAUGACUACCCUGUAGAUUUGUAUUUUCUUCUCGAUGUAUCUUUAACUAUGACAGAUGUUAAAAAGGAGAUAGCAAAUCAAAGUGAAAAUAUAUAUAUUACAUUGAAGAAUCUCACAAAAAACGUUCAUCUAGGAAUGGGUGCAUUCGUAGACAAGAAUGCCUUGCCAUUUACGCAAAAAGUGAACAGCAAUGUGACUUAUUCUUUCCGGAAUCAUUUAAAAUUAACUAACGCAUCAGAAAAAUUUAGAGAAAUUGUAAAAAAUGUACCGUUUGGAGAAAAUUUCGAUGCACCAGAAGGAGGCCUAGAUGCAUUAGCUCAAGUGUUGUCCUGCACUGAUGAAAUUGGUUGGAGAAAGCAAUCGAGAAAAAUAAUCGUAUUAUUAACAGAUGCAGAGUAUCACGCUGCAGGCGAUGGUAUAGCUGCAGGAAUAUAUAAACCAUAUGAUGGUAAAUGCUAUACCAAAGACGGUCUUUACACUAAGGAAUUGGAUAUGGAUUACCCGUCCAUCAGUAUUAUUAAUAAAUUAGCUACAAAAAUAGAAGCAACAAUUAUAUUCAUUAUAUACAGUGAUUCUCAUCUUAAAACUUACAAGGCUUUAAGUGCAGCCAUUGAAGGAUCGAAAAGCAUACUAGAAACUAAAAGCAAAUCUAACGAAGUUGUUAAGAUUUUGGAGACAAUUUAUGAAGAAAUAUGUAAAACUGUAAAGUUAAAAGCCAAUAUGAAAUCUGAACAAAGAAAAGAUAUCGCAAUAACGUUUAAUCCUGAUUGUACUGGUUUAACAAAGGAUAAAGAAUAUUGUAAGGUUAUGAAAGGUGAAGAGAAACACUUCACAGGUACUAUAAAACUUAUGGAAUAUCACGAAGGCGAUGAUAUGCCAAUAGACAUAGUAAUAGAAGGUAUUAACGAAAGAUUAUUAUUGGAUAUAGAAGUUGUGAAACAAUGUGAAUGCGAAAAUGGAAGAGAAAUCAAUUCCAAAGAAUGUAAUGAAGGAGGAACUUUAGAAUGUGGAAUUUGUAAGUGCAAUUCUAACAGAUAUGGUGUUAAUUGUGUGUGUACUAAAAACGAGAAUAACUUCGCAAAUGACACAUCGACUUGUAUACCCAACGAUGACCCGAGUGGCACAAUAUGCAGCGGACGUGGGUCGUGUAUUUGUGGAACAUGUCAUUGUUCAACUUUUGGAAACAAUGACAAGAAAUACACUGGUACGUACUGUGAAUGUGAUAAUGAAAGCUGCUUGAGAACUAGCAACGGUAUAUGCAAUGGACAUGGUGUUUGCGAAUGCGGCAAUUGCACAUGUCAUGCAGACUGGACCGGUGCCGCUUGUGACUGUCAUGAAACAAACGUAGCAUGUACUAAUAAUGACAAGUUAUGCAACGACCAAGGCGAAUGCGUUUGUAACGAAUGCAAAUGCAGAAAACCGCCGCAUUGGGACGCGCGUAAGGAUUUGAAUGAAUUCUGCGAAAUCUUACCGUGCGCUGACUGUCCUACACAAUGUAGUUUGUUGGAGGAGUGCGUUCUCUGUUUACACCAACAUUUCGACGCUCUCUCUCUCGAUUCCUGUCCUAUAUGUGACCCCUUUAAAAUCACCUUUAUCGAAAAAUUGUCAGAGACAAAGGAGUAUAAAGAGAAUGUAACAUGGAAUGAUUGCCCAGAAAUUAGUGUCGGGUUCGGGUGCUACACGCCUUACCAUUACCGAUAUAUUGGAAUAGAUGACAUUGAAUUAUUAGUUCAAAAAGAGAAGAAUUGUCUAGAAAAUUAUUAUUUACUCGGCGGAACAUUCUUGGGAACUCUUAUUUUGGUGGGAAUAAUAACACUAGUCAGCUGGAAGCUUUUAAUCGACGCACGUGACCGGCGGGAGUACAAGAACUUCAUGAGGCUGGAACGACUCUCGAGUAUCAGGAACAACCCUCUCUAUGCAGGACCCACUACUACCAUAAAAAAUCCGACUUAUGAUUGUGAUUAAUAUAAAUAAAUAAUAAUAUAUAAACAAAUAAUCUCUAUUAUAGUAUGAA